GGUGAUUUCAUUCGAUCUCAAGAAAGCCUUUGAUUCCGUUUCUCACAACAUCAUUUGUAAGAAGCUAGAAAAAACCAACAUUAAUCCAUAUGUAAUAAAUUGGAUUAGAAAUUUUUUGACUGAUAGGAGACAAAGAGUAAUAGUAAACGGAAUAGAAACAAAUUAUGUAGACAUAAACAAAGGAGUACCGCAAGGCACAGUUCUUGGACCAUUUCUAUUUUCCUUAAUGAUAAAUGAUCUAACAGUCAAAGAUCCAAAUAACAACAUACUAGUCAAAUUUGCAGAUGAUAUGACUGUUAGCGCUCCAGUGAAAAAUAAUUAUGACUCCGCACUAACUGAGGUAGACAAUAUUAAAAAAUGGACGGAAACAAACAGAAUGUCAUUAAAUCUAGAUAAAACAUGGGAAAUGGUUGUAAGUGGCAAAUCAACAAAUCCUUUACCAGAACCAAUAACGGGUAUCGAACGCAAGACUUGGCUGAAACUAUUGGGAACCACACUGCAGAAUGAUCCAAAUUGUUGGGACCUUCAAGUUAAUAAUUUGAUAUCUAAAGCUAGCAGUCGAAUGCACAUUUUGAGAAUAUGCAGAUCGUAUGGCUACUCUAAAAAAAAUUUAACAAUUCUCUUCGACGCACUUAUUAUGUCUUUAUUUUCUUAUGGAAUCGAAGUAUGGGGUUCUGCACUUGAAAAGAAGUACCUGGAACGGAUUGAUAAAUUUCUUAGGCGAGCAUACAAAUAUGGAUACACAACAAAAAGUGUUCAGAUAAUUGAUGUGAUUAAAGAAAGAGACAUGAGUUUAUUUGAAAAAAUAUGUAGCAACCCAGGCCACCCUUUAUACGAACUACUUCCUCCUAAAAGACAAAGACCGUUAAGAGAACGCGAACACGAUUUAAUAAUUUUAGCUAAAAUAAUUAACUUAGAUACAUAA